CUUCCCUUCCGGCGUUCGCGCUGCACGUCUCCGGCGGUUCGGCCGUCCGGAGGUGCGAAGAAGGCCGGCAGCGCCCCACCCCCACUGUCCCACGAAUUAGGUGGACCACCCUGCUUCAAACUCCUAGAUCCGCCACUGCCCCCACCCCCAACCCAGAAAAAACAGAGAGCGGCGGCCGGUGGAGGCAGGAAGGCAAAGGAGAUGGAGAGUGAAUCCAGGAAGGAGAUGGAGAGUGAAUCCAUGAAGGAGAUGAAAUCUGUGGAUCAUCAGGCCGAGUUGUUGACCCUACACGAGGAGAUCAUGUCUCUGGUGAGCGAGCGCAACAAUUUGCUCGCCUCUCUCACUCCGAACCUGUUUGUCUGGGAGGACCAAUCAGCAGCAGCGCGGAGGCCAGCCUUCAACUCGCAGCAGCAAGUCCGGGAGGAGGAAUCUGCAUCAACAUGGAGGAUAGCUGGACAGGCUUCCGUUCAGAAGAUGGACGCUAGCCUAGCCGAACCUGCAGCAGUCUCCGGAUCCCGACCCACUUGGCAGCCGGAACAACUCGAGAACUACUUGGACUCCAUCCUCCAAGAUAUGGAGGACUUGGGCCACCGGAUGCUAUCUAUAGCUGAUGACAACAUUAAUUCUCGGGAAUUGGAUGACCCUAUCUCCAUGUACAAGAAAGCUGAGAUGUUUGCCACGGCAUCCAGAUUAGUGCAGAUAUCUCAAGAUUUGUCCAACAGUACCAAUGCGGCUGUGGGGGGGCAGGCAGAGGAAAUGGUGACCGAGGCGGUUGAUUCCUGUGAAAAAAAGGUGGCUGCCACGUUUGCGGGGCAGGCAAGGGAAGAGGCGUUUGCAGAGGAUUCAAGGGGUGAGGCGCGGGCAAGGGAUGCAAGGGGUCAGGCGCGGGCAAGGGAUGCAAGGGGUCAGACGCAUGCGGAAGGUGCAUUGAACGCAGAGGAGAACAUGGCACUAUCCAACGGAUUCUUACGUCUUUGCAACAAUUACUUUGAGCGCCCCAAUACUUAUAGAAAGCAUUUGGCUAUGAUAAUUAACGGCGGAGGAGGAGAAGGAAAUGGAGAUGGAGAAGGAGAAGGAGAAGGAGGAGGAGAAGGAGAAGGAGAGGGUGAAGGCGGUGGAGAAGGCGAAGGCGGUGGAGAAGGAGAAGGAGAAGGAGAAGGCGAAGGCGAUUGCGAAAGAGAAGGCCAUGGCGAUGGCGAUGGCAAAGGCGAAGGCGAAGGAGAAGGCAAAGGCCAUGGCGAUGGCAAAGGCGAAGGGUAA